AUGGCCACUACUGUUCUACCGAUUGAUGACUUUUACACACACACCGAUGACAAGUCUCUGGAAAUAUUCUCACUCAUUUGGUUCGAUGCAAAUGUAAACGUUAAAGACACUCGAGAUACAGAAGUCAAAUUACGUUCUAUUAUUAAUCAUAUUAAGAAAUUUCAAGAUAUAAAACAAUGUCAACAAUAUAUUGAACAAACAUCACAAAAAGAUCGAUUAGUAAUUAUUGUUAGUGGCCGAUUAGGACGAGAAAUAGUACCCUACAUUCAUCAGCUUCGACAAGUUAUAUCAAUUUAUGUUUAUUGCAUGGAUACGAACAGUAAUGAACAAUGGGCUUACAAAUUUUCAAAAAUAAAAUCUGUUGUUGUUGAUCUUGAUGAACUCGUCUCUCAAAUUACAACAGAUCAUAAAAUUCAGAAAAAGAUAGAAGAACCGUUAUCAAUCAAUAUUUUUACAACAAAUGUUGAUGCAGGAAAAUCAACAAUAGGAGUUAAUGGAGAAUUUGUUUUUUCUCAGAUUCUUAUAGAUUGUCUUCUACGAUUGAAAUCCACUGAGACAGACAAAAAUGAACUUAUUAAUAUUUACCAAAAUGAAUAUGUAGGAAAUCAUACUGAACUAAGUAAUCUUCGUGAAUUUCAACAAGAUUAUUCGCCUAAUAAAGUGUUAUGGUGGUACACAAAAGAAACUUUCUUUUAUAAAACUCUUAAUGCAGCUUUACGUACACAAAAUAUUCAUAUGAUCUUUUUAUUUCGUGCAUUUAUUUAUGAUAUCUAUCGUCAAUUGCAAGAAUCUCAAUCAAAACGUCCCUUACAAGUUUAUCGCAGUCAACUAAUGUCGAUCGAUGAGUUAGAUGGUCUUAAAAAUAAUAUUGGUCAAUUCAUUUCUAUAAAUUCAAUGUUUUCUACUAGUGAACAACGCACAACAGCUCUCUUCUAUUUGGGUGAUAUAACUACACAGAUUGAUUCAGAACGAGUAUUAUUUGAAAUUGAUGCUGAUUCUAAAAUGGUCACUACAAAACCAUUUGCUGAUAUCAGUCAACAUAGUCAUUUUCCAGAGGAUUCAGAAGUUCUCUUUAUGAUUGGUUCUAUUUUUCGUCUUAAUAAUAUUAAUCGUAAUGAUGAUCAAAUAUGGAUCAUUAAAAUGACUUUAUGUAACGAUGAUGAACAUGAUUUAAAACGAGUUCUUAUGCAUAUGAAACAACAAAUUAAAAGUGAAGAAACAAAUCUUCGAACAUUAGGAAAAUUAUUAUGGAAAAUGGAGCUUCCAUCGAAUGAUCCCUUACUUAGCGAUUUAUAUGAAGAUCUUGGUGAACUGACUUCACAAACAGGUGACUAUGAUAUGAGUGUUCAAUGGCAUAAAAAGCUACUUAUAUUCAAAGAGGAAAAUCCAUUAGCUACUAAUGUUAGUACUAAUAAAACAAACGAUUCUAUUAGUAAAUUUAUUCGUCAAAAACUAUUUGCAUUAAAAAAGCCACAACAAUUAACCAGCAAUCCCAAUAUUAAUAAUACAAACGAUUCCAUCGAUCACAUUAAUAUCAACACCAAAUGGAAACAACAUGGAAUUACUAUUGCGGGAGGAAAUGGAGAUGGCAAUCAGUUAAAUCAAAUCUCUCUUCCUCAAGGUAUCUAUGUAGAUGAUGAUCAUCAAACUAUUUAUAUUGCUAAUUAUGGUAAUCAUCGCAUUGUUGAAUGGAAAUAUGGAGCAAAGAAUGGUCAAAUUGUUGCAGGCGGAAAUGGAAAAGGUAAUCGAAGUGAUCAAUUGAAUCAUCCAAUAGAUGUAAUUAUUGAUAAAAAGAAUGAUUCUCUCAUCAUUUGUGAUUAUGGAAACAGACGAGUGAUACGUUGGUCUUGUCAAAAUGGUACAAAUGGAGAAACAAUCAUUUCUGACAUUGAUUGUCGAGGUCUAACAAUGGACAAUAAUGGAAAUCUUUAUGUCUCUGAUUGGAGGAAGCAUGAAGUGAGACGAUGGAAACAAGGAGAGCGAAAAGGAAGAAUAGUAGCAGGUGGAAAUGGAAAAGGAAAUCAUCUCAAUCAACUCAACCAUCCUACUUACAUCUACGUUGAUGAAGAUUAUUUAAUUUAUGUAUCGGAUGCAAACAAUCAUCGUGUGAUGAAAUGGAUGAAAGGUGCAAAAGAAGGUAUUGUUGUUGCUGGUGGGAAAGGUGAAGGGAAUAGUUUGACACAAUUGUCUAAUCCUCAAGGAGUGACUGUCGAUCAUUUGGGUAAUGUUUAUGUGGCUGGCAGUGGUAAUGAACGAGUAAUGCGUUGGUGUGAAGGAUCUUGCGAAGGUAGUAUUGCAGUUGGUGGCAAUAGAGAAGGAGAACAACCAAAUCAGUUAAGUUAUCUCAGAGGUUUAUCAUUUGAUGUUCAAGGUAAUCUCUAUGUUGUCGAUCAGGGUAACGAUCGAAUACAAAAAUUUGAAAUUGAUUUGAAUGAAAUUUGUUGA